AUGAGUUCCUCGAGAACGAAGACAGUUCUAACAUCGAGGAAUUCCUCAAGAAGCAUUUCAACAAUGAGCACAAUGAGCACAAAAACUGCCCCAGUGAAAGGUGCGAAACCAAUACGAAAAUUUCAUUAUAUUUUAAAAGAUUACUCGAAUUUCGGAGCCGAUACUCCAAAAUGGACCAUAAACCCGCGUCCACCCACAGGAGAAAUCGAAAUCAGUGAAAAUCCAGGUCCUGGCGAGUACGAAGUCAAACCAGAUUUUCUUGAUACAAAAUUACCUCAUAUUAUUCGUCCUAAACCACAACAAUCAUAUUCUUCACUCACAUCUAAACUAGAUUAUAACGUACCGCCGGCUUUUCCGGAAAAUAAUAAAAUAACGAUUGGCCAAAAAACAGGACAAAGUUAUAUAACGAAAGUGGAAUCGCCUGAUUUUAUAUAUGUACCUCCAUCUUUCGGCUCAAAUGUAUCUACAAAGAUUUUAGAAAAACAUGAUGAUGUAAAACCAGAUUUAACACCAGGUCCAGGCCAUUAUAAUCCCACAGAACUUAAAACUCAUGUGCCCACAGUAUCAAUGGUUAAGCCACAAAAUAAUCAGAAAAAAGUUUCAUUUUCUCAUGAUGUUCCUGGUCCUGGUUCAUAUAAUAUUUUACCACCACUGCCACCUACUGGCCACUGGACUGAUAAAUACAGAGAGAAGCCUCAUAGAAAAAGGAAGAAUAUUGAAAAUCGUCUUACCCCUUGGGAAAAACCAAAGGCUGUUGUUUUAAAUGUGUAA